AUGGUAUACGAGCGACCACCACCAGAAAACCAACACUAUUACUUUCGCAUUAAACGACGGAAACUUACAAUAUUUCUAACGGCCAAUGGAAACGACAAGAUCUCGACACUCAAAAAAGAAAUUAUCAAAAUACUGGAUGAUAAUGAUAUCAGAGAUCCAACGAAAAUAAAACUAUUGAAGUCGGAUAAUAGCAAUCCACCAGUUUAUACUUCUUUGGACAUGGAAGGGGAAACAGUGAAUUCAUAUGGUCUGAGUGAUGAACAGAUCUUGUAUUUGACCUUUUGGGACGACAGUAAUGGUAAGUUUUUUUCGAACAUGAAAGGACACAUCCUCCUAAACAACAUAGCACUUGAAAAGCAGAGUAUUCCGAAUGAUAUUCGUUGA